CGUUCGGUGGCCAGAGAGAGUGCGGGAGGGUGCUCGGGCUUUCCGCGAGGCCGCUUGCAUGGCCUUGCCCUGCCCAGGAGGGAGAUGCCAGCCGGGCCCGUCAAGGGGAGGGUGGGGGGACUCGGUUCCCUUUCUGCCCCCGGCGGCCUCCCCUGCAGCAUCUGCUACCGCCCCCGGCCCCACUCCCCUUGGACACGAGGAGAAGCGGCCCCGGCGGAAUUGGAUUGUCCGGACCGGCAUUGUGAAGUCACCCCGGCCGGGAAGAGAGGCGGCGGGGAGACAGAGGGAGACCUGCUCGCGCGCUCCGGCUGGGGGAAGCGACCCGAGCCCAGGGCUGGUUCCCGGCUUCCUUCCUGCAGGGAUGUAGGGUCGACAUAGGGGGCGGGGGAUCAAGCUCUGCGCACCGGGACUCGCUUCCCCCAAGGGGCUUCUCGCUGGGCUAAGAACAAGGCGGAGGCUCUGUUGGGACUGGAUGAAGAAAAAGAAUGGAUAUGGGUAACCAACAUCCUUCCAUCAAAAGACUACAAGAAAUACAGAAGGAAGUAAAAGAGAGUGAAUCACAAGUCAUAGCCUUCAGUGGUCUGACCAGUGACAGAGCUUAUAAGAACCUAGAGAGGACUUUGACGAAACAGCUAUUUGAAAUAGAUUCUGUGGAUGCUGAAGGAAGAGGUGAUGUUCAGCAAGCCAGAAAGCGAGCCGCCCAGGAAGCAGAGAGACUGCUUAAGGAACUUGAGCAGAAUGCAACCCAUCCCCAAAGGCUGGAGAUAGAGUCCAUAUUUAAUGAAGCACAAACAUUGGUAGAACAUGAGAUCGCAGCUUAUUACAAAGCAGGCAACACGGUAUCAGAGGAAUUUGAUGAAGGUAUUCAGGAUGUAAUCUUUAGGCUCACUCAGGUGAAAACCGGAGGGAAAAUCUCUCUGCGGAAAGCCAGGUAUCGCACUUUAACCAAAGUAUGUGCUGUUCAAGAGAUUAUAGACAGCUGUACAAAGCAGCAGCCUUCUCUGCCACUGUCCAGUGAUGCACACCCUUCUGUUUCUAAGAUUAACUCUGUCAUGAGUGACGUGAACAAAGCAAAAGGCACCCUGAUUGCUGUUCUAAUGGGAGUAAACAACAAUGAGACUUGCAGGCAUUUAUCCUGUGUGCUUACAGGCAUGAUCGCUGACCUGGAUGCCUUAGAUGUAUGUGGCCACCCAGAAAUAAGAAACUAUCGCAAAGAAGUUGUGGAAGAGAUCAAUAGAUUGCAGAAAUACCUAGAUCUAGACGAAGAAGCAGAUUCCAAUUAUGCUUACGAUUUGGCACAGAACAGAUGCAUUGUAAAAAUAGAAGAAAUCCGCAAGAUGAUGAAAGAGGUUCAUACUUCUCUUCUAAAAGUGGAGAAAGCUUCUGAUUUGUACUUGAGGGCAAAGACAAAGCUGCAGGGUUUAAUUGCCCAGUUGGACGAAGUGAGCCCAGGCAAAAACCCAUGCAUCCGGGAGGCAAGGAGGCGUGUAGUGAUAGAAGUGCAAACUCUCAUAACAUAUAUUGACUUAAAGGAGGCACUUGACAAACGACAGACAUUUGCAGAACAAACGGAGCCUCCGUCACACAAAGCAGUUUGGAAUAUUCUUGGAAACCUUUCUCAGAUUCAGCAGGAAGUGCUGUCUUUUGAUGGGAACAGAAAUGAUAAGAAUUAUAUGAGGUUGGAGGAGCUCCUUACAAAGCAACUCCUAGCACUUGAUGCUAUAGACCCUGCUGGAGACGAGCGCUCGAAAGUAGCUAGGAAACAGGCAGUGAAGCUUGCACAGAAUAUUCUCUACUAUCUGGACAUGAAGACAGAUGAAUGGGAGUACUAAAAUAGCAGAGGUCUUGUACCUGAGAGAUUGCUUCCUCUUUCACACUUUAUGGCAACCAAACUCCCAUAAAACGCUACAAGACCAAAAGUUUUAUGUCCUUGUAGAGGCUGAGUCCAUGUAGGACUGGGCUAUGCAGCAGCUCUGUCUCUGUUAUAGUUGGACAGUGACUACAGUCCAUAUGCCAUUUGUGUUACUGUUUUGGAGACAGUCCUCUCUUUCUUGGAAUUUGUAAGGUCCUGUAAUCUGUAAUGGAGAGUUGCAGAACUGCCCAGCUUUUGGCCAAGCCACCCCACAUAGAAUUCUAAUGCACCAUGAAAUAAUGCAGUCAGAGUUUUCAUAAAAAAAUCAGUCAAGGCAAAAAUUGAAGGAAGAAAAUGGGAGCUAAAGUUGGUUUGCCAUAUGCCAGCUUAGAUGUCACAGUUGUCUGACACAGCACAGCACGGAGAAGCUUUUAAAACACUGUUGCAAUCCAAAGGAUUAAACACAAAUUACUCACUGUUUUCCCCCCUGUAUGUUUGAUUUAGUCUUGCUCACUUAAGGUUUGGUUGUACUACAUCACAAUUUUUAAUAUUUUUGGCUUUGUAGAACUGUCUCUUUAGCUUAGAGAUAAGCGACAAAUCACAUACCCUGAAGCAGAAGUAAGUCAUCUGCAGCUGUUCAGGGUGGUCAUCCUGGGAAAAAUGUUAUCCUUUGUAAAACCAGAACUACACCAGCAUAAAGGAAUAGUGGGACUUCAGGCAGAGAGAAAUCAUAGCAUAAACUAAAAAAAAAACCCACCACAAACCACUGCUAACAAAUUGUAUUGAGCUCUUUAGAAGUGGAGAGGCUUCCCAAACUGAACUUGGAGAUAUGGAGCUGCUUUAGCCCAGUUCUGUGAUGUCCAAAAUUACUUAUUGAUUGACAUGCCGCCCAGGGUCUCUUGUUUCUCUGCAUUUUUCUGGAUCAAAUUAGAAACAAUUCCUACUUCUGGCUUAAUAGAAAAUCUAGCAAGUGCUCUCGCACAUGAAUUUGGCCCAUUGGUGUUUGUCAAGAUCUCGUGUUGCUCACACACCCCAAAUUCUUCUCGGCUUAAAGUUGCUUUGAGCUAUUUCGGUAAUAUCAACAGUACUCUUAGUGAGACAUAAAGGCAACAUGUACUACUAUGUAUAUGUCCUUGACUUACUUAUCUUACUCUUAGCUAGUUUUUAACCUUGCAAGCAAUUGAAAUUGCUUGUGGUGAAGGAGGAUAUCCGAGGAAGAGGGAAGUGUUCCCUUAGAAGGGACUCCUUCUGUGGAUGAUGCGCCUAUAUUGUCUUGCACAGGGAAUACUCUGGGGGGUGGGGGCCUCCUAGUAGUGGGUGAUUAAAUCAUUAGGGGCAUAGAGAGAUGGGUGUGACCCACGCGUAGACUGCAUGGUGACUUACCUGCCUGGUGUGAAGGUUGUGGACAUCACAUGGUGUCACAAGGCAGAGCUUGUGAGGAAUCAGCUGACAUGGUGCCUGUCAGCACCAGUGAUGUUGGGGAAAUAUAUUUUGGAGGUCCUGGAAGCCAAAUUUAGGCUGCUAGGUAGCAUAUUGAAGUCCAGGACCCCCAAAUUAGCAAUCUCAGAAUACCUCUUCGAUGCACAAGGCUAGCAAGAAAGGUAGAGCUGAGGGGUCUCAAUGCCUGGAUAAGACGGUGGUGUGGGUGGAGGGGUUUAGGUUUGUUAGGCACUGCAAAACAUCUUGGGACAAGAUGAGCCUGUACAAAACGGAUGGGUUCCAUUUGAACCAAGAUGGAAUCACUGCUGGCACUUAAAUUCAAAAAGGUUGCAGAACACCUUUUACAAUUAUGCCUGGAGGAUAGCCAACCAGAACCGGGCAAUAUCUGGUUUGGUAAAUGCCAUCCCUUAAGGCAGGGGUUCUCAACCUGGGUUCCUCCAGAUGUUGCUGAACUACAACUCCUAGCAUCCUCUGCCUUAAGGUGUAAAGGUGUAAAUCCUUCAGAUAAGCCAGAAGGGAACAGACUAGAAACAGGCAGAGAGUAGACAGAAGGAUGUGCUGGCUGGUCAAAGAGAUCAAAUGGCCAUAAGAAAGAUAGCACACACCAGGUAAGAGAUUCAGCAUAUAGGUGCUUAUAUGCCAAUGCCAGACAGCUCCGAGCAAAGAUGGAGUGCUUGGUUGCUAAUCAAAACGUUUAGUGGGUAUAACGGACACAUGGUGGAACAGUGAGAACCAGUUGGACGCUGUUAUUUCUGGGUAUAAACUAUAGAAAGGAGAAGGAGGGGUGCCUUGGAGGUGGAGUAGCACUGUAUAUUAAAGAAGGGAUAGAAUCUUACAGGCCAGAAAACCUAGGAUGACUGGAAUCCUCCACAGAAACUCUGUGGGUGACAAUAUAUGGCUUGAAAGGAAAUGUGCUACUAGGAAUGUGCUGUCACCCUUCUGAGCAAAACACUGAUAGUGACUGGGAAUUGCAGAAGGAAAUCGGAGGCAUCAAAGAGAGACAGAGCAGUAAUAAUGGGUGACUUCAAUUACCCACAAAUAGACUGGGUAGAUUCACAUUCAAGUAAUGACAGGCCAAAUUUCUAGAUAUAUUGAAUGACUGCACCCUUGAACAGUUGGUCAUGGAACCAACCAGAGAAAAAGUGACCUUGGAUUUAAUCCCGAGUGGUUUACAGGACCUGGUGUGAGAUGUCAGUGUCGUGGAAUAGUGACCAUAGUGUGAUCAAAUUCAGUACAUAUGUGAGGAGAGAUCACCAAGGAAGUCUAAUGUAGACAUUUUGACUUCAGAACUCACUAACAUUUUGGAGUUCUUUGAGAGUGUCAACAGGCAUGUGGAUAAAAGUGAUCCAGUUGACAUAGUAUACUUGGACUUUCAAAAAGCUUUUGACAAAGUUCCUCAUCAAAGACUCUUAAGAAAACUUAGCAGUCAUGGGAUAAGAGGACAGGUUCAUGCGUGGAUUGGUAACUGGUUGACAGGAAACAGUAGGUAUAAAAGGACAAUUCUCUAAAUGGAGUAAGAAGUGGGGUCUGCCAGGGAUCUGUACUUGGACCAGUGAUUCAUAAAUGAUCUAGAAGUUGGGGUAAGCAGUGAGGUGGCCAAAUUUGCAGAUGACACCAAACUAUUUAGGGUAGUAAAAUCCAAAACAGAUGGUGAGGAGCUCCAAAAGAAUCUCCAAACUGGAGGAGUGGGCAACAAAAUGGCAUAUGUAGUUCAAUGUUGGCAAGUGUAAAGUGAUGCACAUUGGGACAAAAAACAACAACUUCACAUAUACGCUGAUGUAUAUGUCAGUGACUGACCUGGAGAAAGAUCUUGGGGUUUGGAUAAAUUCAUGGAGUAUCAAUGGCUACUAGUCUGAGGGCAGUAGGCCACCUCCAGCCUCAGGCAAGAUGCCUCUAAAUGCCAGUUGCAAGAAGCAACAGCAGGAGAGAGGGCAUGCCCUCAGCUCUUGCCUGUGGGCUUUCCAGAGGCACCUGGUGGGCCACUGUGUGAAACAGGAUGCUGGACUAGAUGGGCCUUGGACCUGAUCUAGCAGGACUUAUGGGAUAGUAAGCCCUUCAGAUGGCUUCUACUUUAGUCCACCAUAGCUCUCUAUGGUGUUAGCUGCCAUGGGUAGAUUGCAUGUAUUGUUCCUCAAUGUAAGAGGAAUUUCUUGUAGAUUUUUGUCUUCCUAAUAUCCGUAGUGGAGCCCUACUGCUUAUUAGAUGCUUGGGCAUAUUCCUAAAUAUACUGGGCAACAUCAUGACUAAAUUAAUUAUGACUCCCAUUGAAAUUAAUAGGACAAGUGAGUUGUGACUAACUAGUCUGGAUAUUGCCCACUGGUCGUCUUUAGCUUAGGUUCUAAGUGUCACUGUAGAUUCAGGCAGAUAGAAACCAGCAAUCAUAGUUUUGCAGUGUGCAACAUUAAUGGCAUGUUGGGUAUCUGCAGGAGAUAGGAAUACAGAUAUUCAAAUAAUGAUUCUCUUUCAGCUCCCAUAGUUAAAAUUACUGGCUUGUAGAGAAGACUUCUCUCUGAAAUGCUUUAUAAAUGUAACCACUUUCAGAUGUUGAAUUUGUGUCUGUGUAAACAGGAUUUUAGUACACUAUUAAUAAUAGGCAAUCCCUAGGAGAUAAGUGCCUUCUCAGCGACACUUGAAUUUACAGCACUGUAUAGCUACAACUGUUCGUAGUUGGCCUCGUGAAAUUUCCUGGCGAUAUGUCCCCUGAACCCUUUGGAUCACUUUUUACUAUUCCUCUCUAAUAUAGCUUAACCGCAUUUGCAGGAACAUAUUUUCAGCAGGUUAGCAAGCGACGAAGGUCUAACGGAUCAGCUCAAGAUAUUGAUUCAGGAAGCCAGAGUUCUGUUCUUGGCAGUGGACCCACUGAUUCAAUAUGUGGCUCUGACACAAUUGCUUUGACCUUUUCUGUGCCUCACUUUCUCCAUCUGGAAGAAAAGUGUGAUUAUUCGCUCUAUCUGCAUUUUUAAAAAAUGCUUUGAGGUGGCUGGACAAAAAGCUUGUUCAAAGCUUUGUGUUGUGUAUGUAUGCAGCUUUGUGUUACGGGUACCUCCUUAGCAAAAUCUUUGGGCGACAAGUAUUUAAUCAAUUUCAGUCUAAGCCAAAUAGAACCCAGUUCUAUGUAAUAGACAUCUUGACUUAGACUUGUAAAGUCUAAGUAAUAGCCUUUUGCAAUGAAUGUCUUUCCUAUGCCCUUUCCUGCUGAUCCGGAAAUAUUACUUGUACCUGCUUGUAUUAUUCUAGUUUGUAUCUUUAGUGAACUGACUAAUCUAUAAUUUUCAUUUUCAGUAGGUACUUGUGUAUUUAAGCCAUAAGGACUUUGAUCCUAACCCCUGUAUGCAUGCAUAUUGUGUUCCCAUGUGACCUGGAUUCCCAAGUGACUUCAUUUCCAGGACAGCUCUGCAUGUAUAUCCCUUCCUCUUUGCACUUAGCACGGUCUUUAUUCCUGAAUCAGUUGAGGAAGCCAUUGCUCACAUGAGAUCUCCAUAUGUGCAUACCGGUAGUAGUUUUCACAAUGUGCAGAUCAAUCUGCAGGUCUAAUGUGUGUCUGUUUCUAGAAACAUUAUCUCACUGUGACACAUUCAGUUAGUUCUUUGCAGAUAAAAUAUCUUGCAUUUGGCCUUGUCUGGACUCCAAUAUUUCUGUAGGGCCACUUAGGGAAGUGUCCAGCAAUCCGUCUUGCAAUCUUAGAUUGGAUUCGUUUCAGUUUGACUCCUGAAGAUGUGGACAAGCUGCUUGGAGUGGUAUGGCUUAUCACCCGAUCGUUGGAUCCUUGCCUAACAUAGCUGAUUUUCAUCUUCCAGGGAGGUUGUUGGAGCUAGCCUAGUUGAUAGCAUUAAUACCUCACUGAUGGAGGGCAGGAUGCCACCUUGUCUGAAGGAGGCAAUGGUUAGACCUCUUCUUAAGAAUCCUGCUCUGGAUCCCCUGGUGAUGGAUAAUUAUAGGUCAGUCUCCAACCUCCCAUGGUUGAGUAAGAUGCUUGAGAGAGUGGUGGCUGACCAGCUCCAAGCGGUCUUGGAGGAAACUGAUUAUCUAGACUCAUUUCAAACUGCCUUUAGGGUGGGCUAUGGGGUUGAGAUGGCCUUGGUUGGCCUGAUGACGUUCGCCGGGGAAUUGACAGAAGGAGUAUGACUCUGCUGGUUCUUUUGGAUCUCUCAGCAACUUUUGAUACCUUUGACUAUGGUAUACUUCUAGAUCAGGCUUUCCCCAGCCUGUGCCCCUCCAGAUGUGGCUCGGGAUGCUGGGAGUUGUAGUUCAGCAACAUUUGGAGGGCUGCAGUUUGGGGAAGCCUGUUCUAGAUCACCGGAGGGAUUUGAGAUAGGAGGUACUGUUUUACAGUGGUUCCACUCCUAUGUCUCAUGUAGAUUUUAGAUGGUUGCACUUGGUGACAGCUGCUUUUCAAAAUGAGAGCUCCUAUAUGGAGUCCAUCGGGGCUUCAUUCUGCCACCAAUGAUUUUUAACAUCUACAUGAAACUGCUGGAUGAGAUCAUUGGGAUUUGGUGCUGAGUGUUAUCAACAUGCCGAUGACACCUGAAUCCAUUUCUCCUUGUCACCAAUAUCAGGAAAUGGCAUUAGAUCCUUAAAUGCCUGCCUACAGGCAGUAAUGGGCCAGAUGAGGGAUAAUAAACUGAAGCUCAAUCCAAGCAAGACAGGUGCUCAUUGUUGGGGGUCGUAAUCUGCAAGAUGGGAUAGAACUUCCUGUUCUGGACGAGGUUACACUCCCCCAGAAAGAACAGGUUCAUAGCUUGGGAGCACUCUUGGACCUGGGUCUCACCCUGGUGCCUCGGGUUGAGGCUGUGGCCAGGAGCGCUUUUUACCAGCUGCAAUUGAUUUGACAACCCUGCCCAUUCCUUGAGGAGAAUGACCUGAAAUCAGUGGUGCACCAGCUGGUAGCUUCCAGGUUGGACUGCUGCAAUGUGUUCUGUGUAGGGCUGCCUCUUUACAUAGUUCAGAAACUCAGUCCAAAAUGCAGAAGCCAGAUUGAUCUCUGAGGUAUACUGUUCUUUUAAACAGUUUCAUUGGCUGCCAAUAUGUUUCCAGGCAAAGUACAAAGUGCUGGUUAUUACCUUUAAAUCCCUGAAUGGCUUAAGUCCCGGUUAUCCAAGAGAGCAUCUUUCUCUACAAGAUCCCCACUGCUCACUAAGAUCAUCAGGAGGGGGUCUGUCUUUGGGUGCCACCAGUUCAUCUUGUGGCGACCUGAGAUUGGGCCUUCUCAGUUAUUGCCUCUGGGUUGUGGAAUGUGCUCCCUGUGUCUAUUAGAGGGUUAUCUUCCUUGGAGGCCUUCAGGAGAGCCAUCUUUUUAUCCUGGUUUUAAUGAUAUCUAGUCUUUAAUGAGUUUGAUUUUAAUUGUUAUGUGUGUUAGAUUUUAAUGUAAACUGCCCUCAGCCACUUUAGGAAGGGAGGUAUAUAAAUUGAAUGAAUAAAUCUUGAGGCAACAACUAAAUGUCACAUUCAUGCUUCAAAAACAUCCCAUUGUAUUCCCCCACCCCCACCAAUGAUUUCACCUUUCUGUUGUGUUAAACCCAUUUACAUCUUCUAUAUGUCACUGGAAUACUAUUUCUAAGAGUAUAAAUGUAGACUUGCAUUAUUUGGGUGGUAUUUUAUUUUUGUUUCCCAUAGCUUUGGUGCAGCCUAUUAGAGCUGCAGAUUUAAUGGUGCAAAUAUAUAAAAAUGGUUGUACAGAGGAUUAGAUGAUAUUGCAGUAGCCAUACUUUGCAAAAGCUUAUCUCUCCUUUUAAAAAAAAGUCUCAUGAGUUUAAAUGUGCAACACUUAAAUUUAUGAUAUUAUUGGUACAGUGUUAUAAAUCAGUUGCUGCAUGAAUAAAAAUGGUGAAAUGAGUAAGCUAAACCCAAAAGUCUGGUAUGUGGAUUUUAAGCAAUCCUUGGUUUGUGCUUUUUAAGAAUGUAUUUUUUCUAUUUAAUAUGCAAGCAGGCUAGGAAAUGUACUCCUUGCUUUGUUUCUGUUGCAGUGGGCUGAAAAUGUUCUCUGCUGUUGAAUUAACGUCGGACCAAGUCUGCAGUUCGUUAAAUGUUUUUUCUGUGUGCAGUGCCAUGACAUUGUAGCAAAAGAAACAAGUGGAUGUAACUUUGCUGAAUCUUGAAGCAUUGUGAUAUUUGUGUUUCUGAUUAUGAUUGUAUUGCUUUAGGAGCAGCAUUGAUCCAAAGCAGCCUUGUUCUGAUAUCUUUGCCAGCAACUAUGGAAACAUUCUUUCCUGUGAGAAGUUUGGAUUUAACUAUCAUUUGCCAUGAUCAGCAAAGCAUUGAAAUGAGUCCUUGCACUUAAGCUGCCUUUAAGUGCCAGCACUCGAAGUGGUACAGAGUGUGUUGUCCCUUUUUAUUCUAUUUUUUUCAGAGUUAAUGGACGUGUUGGACUGUAGGAAUUUCCCUUCAGAAUGUGUAUCCACUCAAAUACAUAUAGCAUUGCUUUGGUGUGUACAAACUCAGAAGUUGAAUAUUCUUAAUAAAUCAUUUUGAUGCUUCUUGAUAAUUCA